GUGAAGAAAAAUGGGACAAAAGCUCCACGCUCUUAUGUUCCCAUGGUUCGCUUUUGGUCACUUUACUCCAUACUUGCAUCUAGCCAACAAGUUAGCUGAGAAAGGUCACAGGGUUACUUUCUUGCUGCCUGCGAAAGCUAAAAAACAAUUAGAACCUCUUAACCUGUUCCCAGACAGCAUCGUCUUACAUCCUAUUACCAUUCCUCAUGUUGAUGGUCUUCCUGCUGGCGCCGAGACCCCCUCGGACAUCCCCAUCACGUUGUGGAAGUUCUUGAUCGUAGCCAUAGAUCGUACACGCGAUCAAGUCGAAGUCGCGGUUCGUGCUUCGAGACCGGACCUGAUCUUGUUCGAUUAUGCUUACUGGGUUCCAGAAGUGGCUAAAGAGAAUGGAGUAAAGAGUAUGAUGUACAACGUGAUAUCAGCAACAUGUAUAGCUCAUGACCUUGUCCCUGGUGGUGGAUUCGGAGUUCCUCCACCUGGUUAUCCUUCAUCUAAGUUGUUGUUCCGCGCACAUGAUGCUCACGCCAUGUCGUCAUUCUCUGUUUACUACAAGAGGUUUUACGAUCGGUUUACCACAAGUCUCACGAAUUGUGAUUUCAUUUCGGUUAGGACGUGUGAAGAAAUUGAAGACAGAAGCCAACCACUUGAUAAAAAAUGGAAUCAUUGGCUGAGAGGUUUUGAACCAGGAUCUGUAGUGUAUUGUGCACUUGGCAGCCAAAUCACUCUGGAGAAAGACCAAUUCCAAGAGCUAUGUUUAGGAAUGGAGCUCACUGGUUUGCCGUUUUUUGUAGCGUUAACGCCACCAAGAGGUGCAAAGACUAUUCAAGAAGCCUUACCUGAAGGAUUCGAGGAGAGGGUAAAAGGUCGUGGAGUAGUUUGGGGAGAAUGGGUGCAGCAACCGUUGAUAUUGGCUCAUCCAUCAGUAGGCUGCUUUGUGAGCCAUUGUGGAUUCGGUUCGAUGUGGGAGUCUCUAAUGAGUGAUUGCCAGAUAGUCUUGAUUCCAUAUUUGGCUGAUCAAGUUCUCAACACGAGAUUGUUGACUGAUGAACUCGAGGUUGCGGUUGAAGUGCAAAGAGAAGAAACAGGAUGGUUCUCCAAGGAGAAUUUGAGUGUUGCGGUCAACUCUGUGAUGGACAAAGAUAGUGAGAUUGGGAGUCAGGUGAGGAAGAACCACUCCAAGUUGAAAGAGCUUGUGGUUAGUCCUGGAUUAUUAACCGGUUACACUGAUAAAUUUGUUGAGACUUUGGAGAACCUACUCGAGGUACAAAACUUCAAUGAGUUACUUUAG